UCCUUCCCAAGUCGCCACCGCGCAGUCAUAAGCAACAGUGACUCAGAUCCAGCUUUCUACUCUGUCGCUCUCUCUUCUCCAGAGAGCUCUGCUGAGAUCUCCAAUGGCGUGGCACUACCGAUCCAGUAGCCCAGCUUGGGUUGUGAUUCUGCUCGUCCUUCUCCUCUUCUUUGCUGCUGAUGCCUCUGUUCAUGACUACACCGGGGAGAAGUUCGCGGCGAAGGGAAAUGCUUUCGUGCUUCAUGGUGGUAGUGAGGGUCUUUACGCUUCGGUUCCCAGCACUAAUUCUACGCUACCGGACAACGGGGAUUCAUCCAUUCGAUUUGAGAAGAUUAUAUUUACAAGGCCAGAGGAAGAGGCUUCCUUGAAGAAAGACAGUGACAAGGUGAUAGUUCAGGCCAUAGUUUUUGAGGUAGAAGAUCGUGAUACAAUUGGAGGCUCAGCUUACGGAGGUCAGAAGGCUGUUUGCUGCACACCAGAUCUAGCAAAAUUGGGUGUUUGCAUUGAGGGCACAAUCAUUUAUCGUGCGUCCACCCGGAACCCUAAUUGGCCACAAGUCUUCACCGCUUCAUUUGAAGGAAGAGCUCUAGUUGCAACAUUAGCACCAGAAACUAUUCACAUCACAAGAACUGGAAUGUAUAAUUUGUACUUUAUUCAUUGUGAUCCUUCCCUUGAUGGGCUGGUUAUAGAUGGGAAGACUAUAUGGAAGAACCCCACUGGUUACCUACCUGGAAGGAUGGCUCCUCUCAUGAAUUUCUUUGGGUUCAUGUCUCUUGCCUUUGUGGUGCUUGGGCUCUUUUGGUUUUCUCAGUAUGCAAGGUUUUGGAGGGAAGUCAUGCCACUGCAGAAUUGCGUAACACUUGUCAUUGCAUUGGGCAUGUUUGAAAUGGCAUUGUGGUACUUUGAAUAUGCAGAAUUCAAUGAAACUGGUAUCCGUCCAAGGGGGAUAACAUUUUGGGCCGUGACAUUUGGUGCUAUUAAACGGACAAUUGCCCGUGUGCUUAUCCUUGUUGUUUCAAUGGGAUUUGGAGUUGUGAGACCCACUCUUGGUGGUCUUACCUCGAAGGUGAUGAUGCUUGGAACAACCUUUUUCUUAGCUUCUGAGGUUCUUGAAUUGGUAGAGAAUGUAGGUGCGGUAAGCGAUCUUUCUGGAAAAGCAAGGCUAUUCUUGGUUCUUCCUGUGGCUCUAUUGGAUGCAUUCUUCAUUCUUUGGAUUUUUAGGUCCCUCGCCAAAACAUUGGACAAGCUUCAGUCUAGAAGAUUGAUGGUCAAGUUAGACAUAUACAGGAAGUUCACAAAUGCAUUGGCUGUUGCUGUCCUUGUAUCCGUCGGUUGGAUCUGCUAUGAGCUAUAUUUCAAAUCAACAGAUGUAUAUAAUGGGCGAUGGCAAAGUGCCUGGAUCAUUCCUGCCUUCUGGCAUGUCCUCUCCUUCUCUCUUCUGUGUGUUAUUUGUGCACUUUGGGCACCUUCCCAAAACUCAAUGAGGUAUGCUUACUCUGGUGAUGCAAACGAAGACUUCGACCGAGAGAGUUCUCUUUCUUUGAUAAAACCAGGGCCAAUUCCCUCAAAUGACAUCCAGAAAUUGGACACUGAAAGAACAUCAAGCUUGAAUUCUUCUGAUCCCCAUAACGGAGAUAUUGAAGAAGAUAAGAGGGAGUAAUAAUCAUAGUCAUGCAUGACAUGCUUGCUCCAUCAAUAUUUUACUACACUACUAUGAAGAUCAGUUCAUACAAGCCCUUUUAUGGUAGCUCAUCUUUGUAAUACUUAAGUUUUUCAAGCAUGCAUUAGUGUUUGUAUCUUUAUUUAUUCUUUUCUCACUACAUACUGAGAUGAACCUCAUUUGAACCUUGUACCGAUGAAAAAUGUCUAUGUUCCAUGA